UAAGAGAUGUCAAGAAUAUUUUAUUUUAUCAAAUACGGAGUAAUCAAUUUAAUGAAUAUGUCUAAAUAAUCAAAAGUUUCCUACACUAUUCAAAAAAGAGCAAAUGUCAGGGACAGGGAGUAUUCCGUUUACGCCCAAAGGGCCAAAGCAGGUUUUCACCAGAAUUUUGCUUCGCUCCAUGACGCCGGACGGGGACAUUGCCGACGGAGAGUUUGUACUUCUCAUCUGCGCGGAGCCGGACCAGACGAAUACCGAAGGCGAUGGCCGUGAGAUCAUCAUAUCGACGGAUACAAUUGUGGAUUGGGACACGGCUUCUAUUCUCACACACCAGAUUGUCAAAAUAAAAGCCAAUCGUCAAAGGCUCAUUGAGCAGUCUUCUUAUUUUAGAUGCCUCUUGAACGGAAGCUUCAGUGAAGCUUGCUUUGAUUGUGUAUCAAUCAAUUGGAACACUGAACUGUUUUUGAACGUUCUGAAGUUUAUGUGUGGAUAUCCUCUGGAUAUUACUCCAGAAAGUUUUGUGCCUUUUUGUGAGGCUGCACUGUUUUUUGGAGUGGAUUGUCUCCUCUCCAAGUGUCAAAAUUGGUUAAAGAAUGUGACUUCAUACAAAAGGAUUUUGCUUCCACAAAUUCAAUUAAGUGACGUCAUCAUCAUUUGGAAAUAUGGCAUAGAGAAUGCUUGUGUCUUAUAGAUUAAAGUGUGAUAUGAUGCAGCAAUUGAUUUCGUAUUACAAAUAUGUCCGGUCUAUCUUGCCAUCAACUUUAUGUGGGCAAUUUCAUGUGAGUCUUUUCACAAUGUUCCGUAUGAACUGUUAUAUUCAUGCAUAAAGAAUCCUAAUUUGACAGUAGACAGUGAGAAACAUCUUUGUGGUGCUAUUCUAGCUUGGCUUAAGGCUAAUACCGGAGAGCUUGGGUCAUCAAGCACUACAAUAAAUGAUUACACUGAAAUUUUGGCAGAGAUCCGUGUCAGACUAUUGCCUUUAUCUUUUGCUGCUGGUAUGACUUUCUUCUGUUGCUUUACUUAGGAAACCAUAGUAGUGAUCCACAUACUUUGAGCUUCAAAUUUCAACAUACUUUGGUACUUGUUUCAGCGAAAAGAAGCAACUUCUUUUCAAAGAUAGCGGAUUCGGGUAUUGA